AUGGACAUCCCUAUUGUCAGGAUCCCGUUCGGCGUCAACAACUACACCUGGGUCAUUCUUCAACCGUUUGUGUGGAACCUUCUAAACUGCCUGCCCCUGCCGUGGAGCUCAUACCCCGACUUUGUACGAUACUCGCACCGCAGUUGGCACUUUCUGGAGAAGAGCCGGCCUAACACAGCCCUGGGGCCGGUCUGGGCGCUCGUGUCACCAGAAGAAAUCAGCCUGCACUUUGCCGACCCGGACAUAAUUGGCGAGAUUUUUGCAAGAUGGCGUGACUUUGUGCGUCCAGUGCAAAAAUACCGGAUGCUGGCUAUCUACGGGCCAUCUGUCUUUACUGUGGGAUUGGAUGACUGGCCUCGCCAUCGCAAGGCUGUCGUGGCCCCGUUCAACGAUGACUUGAUGUCUUUGGUGUGGAGAGAGACGUUAUGUCACACGCGAUCGAUGCUUGACGCUUGGACCACUCAAUUUCGUGGCAAUAUCCAGAGUCUUGAAAAUGACUUGCGAGAGCUCACAUUCAAUGUGCUCGGUGCGGCAGCCUUCCAUGAGCGUGGCCAGUCACAGGCCGAUACUGGACCGAAAGACGUGGAGAAAACCGCGGAGGACUACCUGGAUACCUUGCGAACUGUUCUCGAAAAUUCUAUCCUCUUGAUGUUAAUUCCCUAUCACCGUUUCAGAGGGACUAUUAUCCCGAGGCAUCUUGCCAAAGUUGGACGCGCAGCCGAGUCAUUCAGGUCUAUUCUGCUGAAGGUUCUCAGUGAGGAGACAGCUGCUCUCGGCAGUGAUAGCUCUAAACGAAAUGGCUUAUUGACACCUCUCGUCCGUGCCCUAAAGCCAGAUGCUCGCGAGCAGGCCAAAAAUAGUGCAGCCCCGGUAUCUGCAAAGGUCAAGAAGAGUGGCCUUUCUGUUGAUGAGAUCCUUGGGAACAGCUUCGUCAUCAAUUUUGCAGGCCAUGACACCGUGCUCCUUACACUGACUUUCACCCUUGCUCUCCUUGUAGUACAUCCAGACGUACAAGAGUGGAUCUACCGGGAGAUCAAGAUGUUUUCAGGUGGUCGCCCAACUGAUGAAUGGGACUACGAGUUGUUCCUCAAGCUAAAACGCUGCCAAGCUGUGCUUCUGGAGACGCUCCGCAUCUUCCCCCCAAUUACCGGCAUACCUAAGAUUGCGUCCCACACGGCGCCGACUCUCCGGCUCGGGGAUCGAAUUCUCGCCAUCCCCCCGGGGACCGAGGUCUUCCCGUUGCUCCUCGGCGUACAGACGGACGCCAGGUACUGGGAAGAUCCAUACAUUUGGAGACCAUCUCGCUGGAUCUUUCGCGACGACAAGGGAGACGAAGAGCUACUCAUUCCUCACAGAGGGACGUUUUUCCCCUGGUCGGAGGGCCCCCAGAUCUGUGUUGGCAAGAAGUUUUCCCAGGUUGAAGGCGUGGCAGUGCUGGCUUGUUUGUUGCAUGAGCAUCGCUUGCUCGUGCAGGCGGAAGCAGGCGAAACGCAGGAACAGGCCAGGCGUCGAGUCCGAAACUGCGUAGACGACGUCAAUUACAAUCUGCUGCUUAGGAUGAACCAUCCCGAGCGCGUCAGGCUGAAGUGUGUCCCGAUCCAAACCAUAAAACCGUGUCUAGAUUAA